UUGGUUCGGUUUGGUUUAAAACCGAACCGAACUGAACUAUUUGAGUUGAGAAUAAACAUAGCUGAAUGGUUAGAGUGUAGGAUUGGAUUUGGUUUGGGUCGGUUUGAGUUCGGUUGGUUCGGUUCGGUUUAAAUGCCCAUUCCUAGUUUUUCAGUAGAAUUAAGGACACUAGCUAGGUAAUAUAUAAUUUCUUCAUAGAUUUCAGAAUCUAAUCAAAUUUAUCACAUUAAAAUAUCUUUGAUUUUAAAACACGCUCGUAAGUACAUCUAGUCUCUUACGAUUGAAACAAAAGUUCAGUUCUUUUAAAAACAUUUGUUGACAUUAGAAAAUAUGAUAGGGUGAAAAUCAAUUUCUUACAGAUGCUAAAUUAUACUAUUUGAUAUCAUUAUCAAUUUCUAAGAAUCUUUCCUUCGUAACCGUCCUGCUCCCACUCUUGGAAAUGACACAUAUCAAAUUCUGUGAAAUGGUUAUUAAUGUAUUUCAGUAAACGUUUCAAAUCAGAAAAAUUAACUAUAUAUUGACCAAAACAGUUUGUUUGAGUCUUCAGAUUUCUCUCCGGGUUCUUUGAAAAAGCAUUUGAAUGUAUGCGUUACUACUCCCUCCUGAUCCCCUCCUUUAAAAUGGCAGUUAGUGAUUUAAACUUCACCUUAUAAAUCCAAAAUAUUCACAUGUACUCUGUUUCUCCUCCCUGACACGCAAGAAAUUUUUCAAAAGUAACGUAUUAACAAUAAAUACUUAAUUAUUUAUACUUAAAAUUUAAUUUCUCACUGAGGCAUCUCUCUUAAUUCCCACCUUGAUUAAUCUCUCUGGAACUUGGAAGCUUCCAAUAUCUCUCUCAUCAUCCAAACAUUAAUAUGGCUUGUGGUUUGGACGGUUACAUGUAAGCUGUUUUGAAACAUGGGCAUGGUCGAAACUUGUACGGUUCUUGGAGCCAGUCCAAAAAACAAAUUCCUCGUUAUAAGGAAAAUAAGGAUGCAUGCAAUGUUUAAAAGUUAAUUUGAAUUUAGUUUUUAAAACAAACUAGAAAAACAAAAUUUCUUCGUGCAUGUCAGGGUGACAAACAUGAAACAUGCGUAUGCAUCUUUGUUUUUUGGUCUUCACUUAGUAAUACAUAUAUAAAAACAAAGAAAUUAGCAAUGGAGUGGACAUAAUUUGUCAAAGAUGUUUAUGAGCUUAGAAACAAAAUCAUCAUAUAUAUUACACAUUUCCAAUACUUCAGUUACAAUUUUCUCUUUAUGUGUCUACACUACUAUAAUAUAUAGGGAUAUGCAUGCAUGUACGUAUUUGCAUUUACUAACAUGUUAAAUAUUACUUAUAUGAACGUACGUACUAUAAAUAAGAAGGCUACACCACCACUGAGGGGAGAGCUUAAGUUAAAGCGAAAAAAUUUCCUUCAACGACAACAGAAAAAAAAAGCCAACUCACUUUCGUGAUCUCUACUCUACCAAAAAAAAUGGCAGCACUCAUCACCUUGUCAUCAUUCAUCACCUUAUCAUCAUCAUUUUUCCGUUUUCCCCUUUCCACCGUCACUACCAUUUCGCAGCGACCACGAUCAGUGACCAUGUGCAUGGGCAAAUCAGGGCCAAACACUCCCAAGGACAAGGUGGUCCUCAUCACGGGUACUACCGGCACUGGCAAGUCACGCCUUUCCGUCGAUCUCGCCAACCAUUUCUCCGGCGAGAUUGCAACAAAUCUCAUCCCACUCAAUGAGCAAGGUGGAGUCCCGCACCAUCUUCUCGGUGACUUUCGUCCGGAAGAUGGUGAACUUAGCCCAGGAGAGUUUCGCUCUUUAGCGACAUUGUCUAUCGCUGAAGUUGUUUCCAGAGGGAAACUCCCUAUCAUAGUUGGUGGGUCCAACUCAUUCAACCACGCUCUCCUUGCAGAGCGUUUUGACCCGACCAUUGAUCCUUUCGCUCCUAGUUCGAGUCUCUCAACCAUAUGCGCCGACCUGAGAUACAAAUGCUGCAUCUUUUGGGUGGAUGUCUCAGAGCCGGUUCUGUUCCAACACUUGCGCAACCGAGUCGACAAGAUGAUCGAGUCGGGGCUGUUCGAGCAGCUGGCCGCUUUCUAUGACCCUAUAGUCGAUUUAGGUCCCAGACUUGGGGUUCGGAAGACUAUAGGCGUAGAGGAGUUCGAUCGGUACUUCAGAGUGUACCUAAGGGAGAGGAACACAGGAGUGUGGGACUUGGGAAGAAAGGCAGCCUACGAGGAGGCUGUUAAGGGCAUGAAAGAAAGGACGUGUCUGCUUGUUAAGAAGCAGAAAGAGAAGAUCAUCAAGCUGAUAAGAGGUGGCUGGGAAAUCAAGAGGCUUGAUGCCACGGCGGCUAUCAUGGCGGAGCUGAAUAAGAGUUCAGCAGCCUUGGGAGAAGGAAGGAGUAGUUCGGAGAUAUGGCAGAAGGACAUAGUGGAGGAAAGUGUGGAAACUGUGAACAGUUUCUUGUUGCAAGAGUAGUUUUGUUUUUUAAUUAAAUAAUUUAAAUGUGUGUUUAAAAAAAAAAUGUAUGUUAAAAAUAAAUAAAAUUCUGUAUGAUUUGAAGAAAAAUACCAUGUUAUGCUUUUAUGUGAGUACUUGAACACCUUUGCAAUAUAUCAGCUCUACCA